AUGGCCCGCUCGCUGGUCGGGUGCUGCUGGCCCUGGUGCCUGAGCGACGACGAGAAGGCGGCGGCCCGCGUGGACAAGGAGAUCAACCGGCAGCUGCUGGAGCAGAAGCGGCGCGAGCGCGGGGAGCUGAAGCUGCUGCUGCUCGGCCCAGGUGAGAGCGGGAAGAGCACAUUCAUCAAACAGAUGCGCAUUAUCCACGGUGCUGGCUAUUCAGAGGAGGACCGCAGGGGCUUCCGGCAAUUGGUCUACCAGAAUAUCUUCUUGUGCAUGCAGACCCUGCUUGAGGCCCGGGAGCGGCUCUGCAUCCCCUUCAGCAGGCUGGAGAGCGAGCACCAUGCCAGCCUGGUGAUGAGCCAGGACCCCUAUAAAGUGACAAGCUUCAAGAAGCCCUUUGCUGUGGCCAUGGAGCACCUGUGGCGGGACGCGGGCAUCAGGGCCUGCUAUGAGCGACGCCGGGAGUUCCACCUACUCGACUCCGCUGUGUACUACCUGUCGCAGCUGGAGCGCAUUGCCGAGGACAGCUACAUCCCCACUGCGCAGGAUGUGCUCCGAAGCCGCAUGCCCACCACCGGCAUCAACGAGUACUGCUUCUCCGUGCAGAAAACCAACCUCCGGAUCGUGGAUGUCGGAGGCCAGAAGUCUGAACGCAAGAAAUGGAUCCACUGCUUUGAGAAUGUGAUUGCCCUCAUCUACCUGGCCUCUCUGAGCGAGUAUGACCAGUGCUUGGAGGAGAAUAAUGAGGAGAACCGCAUGAAGGAGAGCCUGGCCCUCUUUGGCACCAUCUUGGAGCUGCCCUGGUUCAAGAGCACAUCAGUCAUCCUCUUCCUCAACAAAACAGACAUUCUGGAGGAGAAGAUCCCCACCUCCCACCUGGCCACGUACUUCCCCAGCUUCCAGGGCCCGAAGCGGGACGUCGAGGCUGCCCAGAGCUUCAUCCUGGACAUGUACACGCGCAUGUACACGGGCUGUGCAGAAGCCAAUGGGGACCACAAGGGCGCGCGCUCCCGGCGCCUCUUCAGCCACUACACAUGCGCCACGGACACGCAGAACAUCCGCAAGGUCUUCAAGGACGUGCGGGACUCGGUGCUGGCCCGCUACUUGGACGAGAUCAACCUGCUCUGA